ACGGCUUGUUCAAUCAAUACACAUGCACAAUCAUAUUCCUAUUGUUCUUGAUAUCCAUAUUACUAAAUUCCGGUUAUAUUUAUUUCUUAAUCAAUUCGUUCAUAUUUGAUUCUUCUUGCUCAAUUACCUCAUAAUUAAUAUUCGUAGAUUAGUUAAUUUAUAGUUAAAACAAUUGGCGCCGUCUGUGGGAAAUUCUUGCAAAAAGAGAAUCAACUAUGACCGAAAUUUCUAACUCCCUGUUUAAUGAGAUUCAAGCACAGCUAGAAGCCGUCCGAGAAGAGCUCCGCGCAUCCAAAAGUUCCGAUGCGGCACAGCUAGAAGCCGUCCGAAAAGAGCACUGCGCAUCCAAAAGUUCCGACGCGGCACAGUUAGAAGCUGUCUGGGAGGAAAUGCGUCAACGAAUGGCCUUCCUCCAAGGUGAAAAUGAUGCUUUGAGAUCUCAGGUGCAAUCGGUAGCAUCCAUAGCCUUCAUCUCACGACGGGGUGAGGAUGUGGCUACUGUGGCAACGAGACUGAACAUGGGUUCGAUUCCGGCUUUAACGGAACCUUUCAUCCCUCACUCUGGGGCCGGCACAUCUGGAGGAGCAGGACCCUCAACUCGUUUCAUUCCACCCGCAAAUCCCAGAAGGAACAUAUUCCGAAAUCUGUUUGCAGAGCCCCAGAGACAACAUGUUCCAAAUCAUGUCGACAUUCACAGAUAUUUCGACAUCAACAACCAGAUGCGACAAGUUCCAAGCCAUGUCGACAUGCCCAUACGUGUCGACAUCAAUAAUCGAAGGUUUCAGGAGCCAAAGGUCGUCACCAUACAAACACCAUACGAGCAAAGGGAGACUCAGGCAGUGACAUCAUCCGAAGCAGCGGGCCCGCAAGUGCAGACACAUUCGAUAGACCCCUUGGCCAUCAUCAUGGAGGAGUUGAGAGAAUUGCGGGAGAAGGUCAACAACAUACCUGGAGUCCCGCGCCCGCUUGACAUGGCGCCACAAACUUGUUACGCAGAUACACCUUUCGGACGACAUAUCACUAAUGUCGAGAUUCCGAGGAAGUUCGCCACCCCCUCAAUGAGACUGUUUGACGGGACUUCUGAUCCGGUGGAACAUGUCGCUCAGUACAAGCAACAAAUGUUAGCCAUCUCGGUCAGACCAGAUCAGCGAGAAGAUUGCAUGUGCAGGGCAUUUGGGACGAUGUUGACGGGACUGGUGUUGACGUGGUUCGUCAAUCUGCCAAACGACGACAUCAAUUCAUUUGCGGAGCUGGUCAACUUAUUCAAUCAGCAGUUUGCAAGCAGUCGAGCCUUGGAGAAGCAGACUAGUGACCUCUACCGAGUUGUCCAACGACGGAAUGAAUCCUUAAGGGAUUACUUGCACCGAUUCAACAAGGAGAAGGUGUCAAUCCCCAGGUGUCACAUGUCGACAACAUUUGAAGCAUUCAGAAAGGGGCUGCUGGAGGAUUCAGAGUUAUAUCAGGAGUUGACGAAAUACCCUAGUCGGUCCUUCGAAGAUGUCCAAGCAAAAGCACUGGCUUUCAUCCGUCUAGAAGAAGACUUAUGUUCGCGUCGCGGACAAAUUGAGCAGGACGGGGGGCACGGGAAGUCAGAAUCUCCCAGGAGACAUGAUUACAAACACGGAAAGCCUUAUUCGAGGCCUGAGGAACAAGUCGUCACUUAUGUGACAAGAUAGUUUGGACGACAUGAUUGAAGUCGUCGGACGGGGGGCAUGUCGUCCGAUGGUAGAGAGGUUCUUAAGAGCUGCAAUACGGUACCUUUAAAGUUGUUUCACUUUGGUUUAUUAUUUUCUUUCAUAUAUUGGCGUCACUUCCGUGAUGAAAUAGACUAGACGACAUGAUCGAAAUCGUCGGACAGGGGGGCAUGUCGUCAGGUAAUAAACCUAACGAAACGAUUGAAAUCGUCUGACGAUAGACUAGUUCUGACGAUAGAUAUUUAGUUUCAUACACGUAUGCUUAAUUUAUUACUUUCAUUUAUCUAUAAACGACAACUAACCUAAGCAUCGGAGGGCCGUUGGCUUCUAGCCAACGGCAAACGUUAGCAAAAUAUUAUUUUUGCACAGGUACAGUCAAAAAUUGACGAUGACAUAAUCCUAACAUGCAAAUUUUUACAAUAUGUCAAAACACAAUUGACGGCGGCUUACAUAAAACAAACCUUACAACACGUCAAGACACAACUUACGGGGGGGGGGGGGGGGGGGGGGGGGGGCUUACAGAAUUUUAGGGGAAGAAGUGGGGUUUUCAUGUACGCUAAACAUGAGUAUAAUAAACAUCACCGGUUCUCCGCAAUGUUUUGGCCUAAACAACAGACAAAUCAUACAUCACAAAUGUUGACAACAUCAAAGUCAGACAAACACAAAACAACAACAGUGCACAUACAAGUGACAUCAUCAUGUGAAGCAACAACCACAUCCAAAACUACACACAACAGAAGCACGUGCUCCAAGAGCACGACAACACAAGCUCCAAAACAUAAGGAGACAAUAUGAACGACAUUGACAUACAUCAUAAAUAUUCAUUAUUCAAAGAUUUUGGAGGAUUUUGAUUACGUUCAUGCAACCCGACUCAUCAUCUCUAGCAACGGACGAUGUUAACUUGACCAACUGAAGUGUCGACAUCAACCCGGUCAAAGUUUCAACUCGUCAGCAUUGCCUAGACAUGAUCAUUAGCACAAAUUUGGAGGAAGAGGAUAUGAGAUCAGCUUUCGUUCUUCUUCACUUUAGUCAAAGAGACGGAUUAGAUCAGAAACUACUUGCACGGAAUUAACGAAGUCGUUUCAUCAGAAGAGUGAAGGGUUGAAGGAAACAUGUCGUCCGACAAGUGACGAGUUUAAGAAAGCAUCUCACUUGACAAAUGACAGAUUGGUGGAAGUGUCCCGACAUACGAAUGAUGGGUUGACGACAUGUCUCGUCGGGGGGAUGACGAGUCGAUGGGCAAUGACGACGGGUUUUAGUCCUUUCAAAUUUCGACAAGUUACUGCUUGACGGCUUGACGUGUGUGUCAUAUGCUUCAACUUCUCGAAAGAGGGCAAUUGUUAGGCCCAAGAGUUCACCUUGGCAACUGGGCCAGCAAAUUAAUUGAGAGCAAGAGUCGGCCCAAUCUUAGCAAAGGUCUGGAUGAUAAAUAUUUGAAUUAGUAAGCAAAGAAGAUAAGGUCAAGUGGAGCCAAAGUUGUUAGAUGUGACCAACAAAAGGGGAGCACUAGGCUAAUCUUGCGGAAGAGGAAAACUCCACCCCUUUAAAUAGACUAGGUGAUCUGUAAUGUACACCACGACUUGUUCAAUCAAUACACACGCACAAUCAUAUUCCUAUUGUUCUUGAUAUCCAUAUAACUAAAUUCCGGUUAUAUUUAUUUCUUAAACAAUUAGUUCAUAUUUGAUUCUUCUUGCUCGAUUACCUCAUAAUUAAUAUUCGUAGAUUAGUUAAUUUAUAGUUAAAACACUGGUCUGGUCUGGUAAACGUCUCGUCUCUGUGUAUUUUAUAACUAUGAAAGUCUGGUCUGAUCUGAUUUGGUCUAGUCUGGGACUGAAAACAAACCAACAGAAAACAUUCUAGAUCACUACCGAACUAAUCAAACAUACAUAAACUAGACUUAAACAGAUCAAAUAAAUCAGAUUUCGACAAUAUAAAAUAGACUAUACAUUUAUAAGACUAGAAAUUUCGCACAACAUUCUAAAUCACAAAAUUUCGCACAAGCCUUUGAUGCCCAUGUGAAAAGUGCAAACAUCUUGGACUUCGUAUUUGGAUAAGCCAAUAUGAAGUCAAAAUUGUCCAUUUCUUAUGGAAUCUCAUACUAAAGACGUGCCGUCAAUUAGUAUGCCAACCAGGCAACCAGUGCCACUUGGGAUAAUACUCAAUAGUUGUUUUGACUCACUUAUUUGGUUCGGUCAAGUUCCACAGAGCACGAGUCUUCUUUCGAGUUUCGAGUGCCAAUUUAAGUCUCAUUACAUAAAUUGUUGCUGAUAAACAACCACGUUUUCCUUUGGGAAUUGGGUAAGCAGAUGUCCAAACCGGUCUAGAGCGGUACAAAGGCUUUUUUAGAAACUUUUUAACACAAUAUUUUAUCUUACUCCGUAAUAUUUAAGACAUUUUUUAAAUUUGUACUGGGUCGGAAGGGAAAGAAUCAGGCAGCAUGAUCGGGAUGACGGAUGGCCUUUUAUUUCUGGAAGACGGAGAAGAACUUUUACUUUCUUGUUCUUGCGUUUGUUUUUUAUGAUGUCCAGUUUUUUACUCCUUAUUUAAUUUCAGCAUGUUUUUUUGUAGCACUGUAAGACUUUGAGCUUGGAUUUGGGUGACAGGGAGGCUGCGGUGAUCGUCUUUGGUUCAGUUGCGCCCAUUAAUGGAUCAACGAGUAUGUUGCUUGUAUUGAGGUGAUUAACUUUGAGUCUGAUUCGAUGGGCGACAGUUGACAGCGGUCUUUUUGUCUUUUUAGCCUAUAUCUGUAUGAUGUGAUAUCAAUAUAAGCAACAUUUCCUAAAAAAAAUUGUAUUGGGUCGGAUCAGGGCUUAGGUUUGAAUUUUGUAAUCGUAUGAUUCAAAUUGGGAUAUUCUAGCAUUAUUAGUACAGAUA